AUGGCUCCAAGUUCCUCAAGUAAAAGAAAACAGCCUAAGCUUGAUUUAGAAGAAGAUAAUGAUGUUAUCUUGGAUGACCCUGUUCCUAAACCGGAGGAACCGAAACCUAAGAGGCGCCAACACAUUGCCAUUAAGCCUAAACCUUCUGUUCCUCAGAGAGUGAGGAAGAGCACUCAUGAACCUUCCAUUCUAACCCCUCCAGUUCCUCCACAAAAUCCACCAUCUGCCUCAAGUUCCAAGGGUAAGGAACAGGACACUCCGAAUGAUGCUACCUGGAGCUUGAGUGCUACAGUGGUUGCGCAUCAAAAGAAGAUGGACUCUAUGGCUCGUGCCUUGGCGGAGUUGAAGGAACAGUAUGACCUUGAUCCUAAUAAUAAUAGUAAUGAGACUACUAAUGAUUAUCUUUUCAACGUAAUUGAAUCUUAUAUCAGUGUUGAGUGUUGUUAUAAUAAUGUGGAAGAUAUAAGGGCUUGGCUCGAGAGCGAGUCGGAUUUGGCGGUGAAGCCUACUCCGGCUAGCGAGGCGGCUAUCGAGGAGUUGGAGAGGUUGGCUGCUGGAGGAGAUCAAGAGGUUGAUUCUACUACUUGUGCUAUUUGUCUUGAAGAGGGAAGUAUGACGAUGAGUGUAAGGUUGCCUUGUAAGCAUGUGUUUCAUGAGGGGUGUAUUGUUAAAUGGCUUCGUAAAAGUAAUUCUUGUCCUCUUUGCCGCUAUGAGUUGCCUGUGGCUAUCGAUCAUCAAUUGCACCAGGAGCUAGUUAAUAGUGUUAAAGAUAUCUUACAAAUGAUUUAG